AUGCAUAUCCGCACUGCCAUCACCGCGGGCGCGGCCCUUGUCCAGACUGCAGUUGCAGCUUCUGUCCAGGCAAAGAACGUUAUUUAUAUCGUUCCCGAUGGCUACGGGCCUGCGUCGCAGAACAUGGCCCGCGACCUUGUCUCUCUGGUUGAUAGUGGCACGACUGGCAGCAACCCGAAGAUCAAUGAGCUUGCCGUGGACGACCUGGCCAUUGGACGUGUCCGCACCCACUCGGCCAACAAAAUGAUCACCGACUCGGCUGCUUCUGGGACCGCGUAUGCGGCCGGCCACAAGUCCUACAACGGUGCCAUCUCUGUCACACCCGAUGGCCAGCCUGUGGGUUCCAUCCUCGAGGCCGCAAAGCUUGGAGGCUUGAAGACUGGUCUCGUUUCCACCACAUACAUCAGCGAUGCCACCCCUGCAGUCUAUGCAGCUCACGCCGCCAACCGUGCCUCUAUGCCCCUGAUCGCAGAGCAACAGCUCGGCUACAGCCAUCCCCUCGGCCCCAUGGUCGACCUCCUUCUCGGUGGCGGCCGUUGCAACUUCUCGCCAAACACCACCGAGGGAUCCUGCCGUACGGACGAUUUCGACCUGUUGACCUACGCAGAGGAGCAGGGCUUCACGGUCGCCACGGACCGCGAGGAAUUCAAUGCUCUUCAGAAGGGCCAGGGUCGGGUAGAGCUGCCAAUCCUAGGUCUUUUCAGCGAAGGCAACAUGCGCUACGAGAUGGACCGUCGCAUCAUCCAGGACGAACCCUCCCUGCUAGAAAUGGCCGAGACAGCCGUGAAUGCGCUGCACCGCGCGACCCGUCGCCGGAACAAGGGCUUCUUCCUCAUGAUCGAGGCCGCGCGAAUCGACCACGCCGGACACGACAACGACCCGGCCAACCACGCCUCGGAGACCGUCAUGUACAACAACGUGGUGGCUUGGGUGCGCGACUGGAUCGACCGCCACCCGGACACCAUCAUGCUGUCCGCCGCCGACCACGAAACCGGCGGCCUGACCUUGAACGGCUACGACCCGCUCCCUCUGCGCAACGCCACACACUCGCGCGCCUACCUCCAGUCCGUCUGGGACAACGAGCGCCCAGCUGAUGCCGACGAGCGCGACUUCCUCGUCUCCGAGAUUCUCCCGGCGUACGGACUCGAGACCGUCACCGAUGAGGAAAUCCAGACCAUCCUCGACGCGUCCAGUAUCGGGGCCGGCAUCGCCGCCCUUCUGUCCUCUCGCGCUGGCGUCGACUGGUCCACCGGUGGCCACACUUCCGUCGACGUCACCCUGCAUGGUUAUGCCGCUGGCCAGAAGCGUCGUGCCCUGCAGGCAGACCUCGCCGGAGGCUGGGAUAACACUGAGCUGCCUCGCUACAUUGAGGCUGUUCUUGACCUCGACAUGGACGCCGUUACAGAGCGGCUGCAGCAGGCCGCACAGGAGGACUCGUCGUGGCUGGGUCCGCGCGAACUGGUAGCUCGUCGUGACCUCGGCGGUUGCGACCACUACCACUAG